AUGACUACUGCAUGGACCAUUCGGGCUAGGCGAAACCUCGUGACAGUUCGUCGGCCGGCUUCUCUUAACUCGCUUCCCGAUCUCUCUGAUAACCUCGAAAUCGGAAGCCGCUCAUGCAGUGGCCCCAGAGCACCUUUCAUGUCACCCGGCAACUUUGAGCUCUGGGAUCAGAAUUCCACUGAUUGCCUUGCUGAUAGUCGUACCUGUCGGCGUUACUCCAAUAUUUCUGUGUCCUUCCUUGGCAGCUGUAUUAGGCGUCAAUAUCGGUCUUCAUUUUUACUCUCAGAUGACCGGAUGAUUGGAGUUACUCGAUGCGAAACAUUUCAACCAGAGGAUGCUAAAGCCGAUGUCCGAGUAAGUCUUUCUCUUCAGGGGCCAUCAAAUGGACUUAUCAAUUCUGGUCAGCGUACUUCGCAGUCCGCACCUAGCCUUAUUCCUGACAGCCUUGAAGAUAACCGUGAUUGGGCGUGUUUGAUGCUCACAACGGAUCGACCUAGGGACUCUGAACUCAUCGGUCGUAUCGGGAGUCGCAAUUAUUUCACUAACAGUGAAUCUGGUGCCCCCUACUUCCAUAGAAGAAUCACACCACUGCAGAAGGAAGAGGAGUACAUAUUUUUACGCACCCCAUCCGUCGAUGCAAAUACAUCUCUCGAUGAGGAUUUUGAAAGUCGGGCAAUGGGUGGUGCAAAAGAAGGUCUCAUAAGAUCUGGGAGCUUCACCGUCUUGAUGAUGGGCGCGGCCUCAGACGUAGAGCCCAGUACAGAGCGGGUGGAGAAAGACACCUGCCGGCUGCUCUCCCGACACCAAGAAAGUCGUUCCUCUGUUGUCUCUCCACCUGGUCGCAUUUCACUCAGUGAUAAAGAACCCAGCUUCCCAAUCCCAGAAUCUCAGUCAUCCUUCACCCAUCAAACCUCUGACUACCUUCCCUCCACUGAGCGCUCUGAGAGCAUAAUCCAUCUGAAAUGCACCAAGAGCGAGACCUCGUUGAGCGCACAAACUCCCACCUCCAUCGUUAUGCCAUGGCUCGAGUCACUGCACCGCAAGUCGUCCUCGGCACCUCCUCCGGGGACGGUGGAGGCGGAGGCAAGAGCAGGAGAGUGGUCUACACCGCAGGUGGACAACACCCUCUCCCUACACACCGAUUUCGAGGAAGAGGAAGAAUGUGAUAAGGGGGCUUUAAGGGCGAAAAAUGAGAAAGAAAUAAUGGCAUUUGUUUCGCCCAGUGUCCACCCUGCAACGGCCUCAAGGGUGCAUAGCUCUGAUGAAACUGCCUCUGCUUCCUCAAUCCCCUUCAUCAGCUCCACCAGUGGUGUGGCGCAAUUCGGAGGUGUGGGUGGCCAGGAAUGUGUUUCUAACCAUCACAGUCAGACCCCCAUUAAGAGCACGAUACUCCAUACAAGUCUUCAGAUGAACAGAACAGUAAUUCUUGAGACAGAUGCGAAAUCUAAUUCCUUAAUUCCUGAGGAGAUACAGUCGGCAGCCAUUGAUGCUGAAUCUGAGGGAGAUGAAGUGGAGGCCUUGCAAGAUAAUGGAAGUAUUGAGCUAAACCCCAUUACGCCACUGCCAAGAAAACGUAAGAGGGCGUUUCAGCAGGAGGAGGAGUUUGAGGAUGCCUCGCAGACAGAAGAAUCUCAGACAGCAACAGGCACUCUAACACAGGAUUCCGAGCAGGACUACUAUGCCGGUGGGAGCAGGCAAUCCGUCGGUGAGUCCCCUUCGCUUCUAAACUUUUCUCUUGAGUACUCGUCCAGCAGACAACUCGCGUCCCAACUAAAUUCCCGUCAGCCGACGGAACCGCCCUCAGCCUGCACAAUAAAGGGGCAAGAGAACCGGCCGUGGGGGCAGCAACCCCCCGAUGACCCCCCCCCCACAAGUCGAUGGUCAAAACGCGUCCCUCGACUGGUCAAUCCCCUCAUCCAGAUUAGCUUGCACACCAGAACUAGAGGCCGUCGCGAUACCCCACGCCUGCCAGCUCACGAAACCGGCAUCCCGAUACUGAAUGCCGCUGGGCCAGUGCCUAACAAGCACUUCCCAACGCAACCCAAGUACCGCUUCGCCAGAAUCACCUUGCUAAGCGCUGCAGAAGCAACGCUUAUACGGGACUCGGAUCUCAGCCCCGUAGCACCAAGAAUAAGCACUCGCAGGCCCCUUCUGCGAAGUGCAGACUUCCAACCACUCAACGUAAGCCGCGCCCCCCAUGAAAUCGAUAGCCCAGUUAGCGUAGUGUCUGAAGCACGAAGCCCGUCAGACAUAUUCACGCUGGGGAGCCCUCCCCCCAACAGUACGAUGACAGCGAGACCCAUGGUCGAGUGGCUAGACAAAUAA